CAAUCGGUAUAAUGGCGUUAAAAAUGGUGCGUACGCACGCGCCACACACACACACACAGCCGGAUGAAAAAUCGCUUCGUCAAUCUUCGCGCGGCUCCGUUUUAACUUACUGCUUUACGCCUCCAGCAUAUGUCUAUUCACGUUGCAUCUGUGAACUCGUCUCUCUCGCAAGUCCUUAGUUUGACUUAAUUCUUUGCCAAUUAUCGCAUCGUCGCUAUUGUUGUUGACAACAUGAAUACCAGAUUCACGGGAAUAGAAUUGGGGCCUCCUAUCCAAGUUUUUGCCCUGCAAAAAGCAUUCGUCGACGAUACUCACGAAAACAAAGUUAAUCUCACUAUAGGAGCUUAUCGUACUAACGAAGGUAAACCAUGGGUUCUACCAGUUGUAAGAAAGGUGGAAAGGUCACUUGCAGCCGACGAGUUACAAAAUCACGAAUAUUUGCCAGUUCUUGGCUUAGAAGCGUUCAGCGAAGCUGCUACGAGUAUGUUGUUAGGUGCAAACUCUCCUGCUAUCGCUCAAGGGCGUGUCUUUGGUAUUCAGUCACUUUCCGGUACUGGAGCACUGCGUGUCGCUGCUGAAUUUUUGAGUCGCAUUCUACAUUACGAUACCUUUUAUUAUAGUAAACCAUCCUGGGAUUAUGUGCUGGCAGAAAACCACCGACUGGUAUUUACUAAUGGAGGGUUUAAGAACGCUGGUGAAUAUGCAUACUGGGAUGAAAAGACUCGUAAGAUCGAUUUAGAAGGAAUGCUCCGUGAUUUACGAGAUGCGCCUGAAAACGCCGUAAUUAUUCUACAUUCGUGUGCACACAAUCCUACUGGAUGCGAUCCAACUCCGGAGCAAUGGGCAAAAAUAGCUGAUGUGAUAGAGGAAAAAGGACUUUUUCCACUAUUUGACAGUGCAUAUCAGGGUUUUGCGAGCGGAGACUUGGAUAAAGAUGCAUAUGCUGUACGAAUGUUCGCCGAGCGUGGAAUCGAAUUUAUCUGCACGCAAAGUUUCGCGAAAAAUUUUGGAUUAUACAACGAAAGAGUCGGCAACAUCGUUUUUGUGUUGGCCGAUACAAAGGAGAUGGUUCAAGUUAAAUCACAAUUAACGUUAAUUAUCCGAGGAAUGUACAGCAAUCCUCCUAAUCAUGGUGCUCGAAUUGUCGCGACUGUCUUGAGGAAUCCACAACUUUUUGAGGAAUGGAAGGAUCAUAUUAGAACAAUGUCUGGUAGAAUUAAAGAAAUGAGAGUAGGUUUGCAUCAUAGACUGCUCAAAUUAGGUACUCCAGGUAUUUGGGAUCAUAUCGUUGAGCAAAUUGGAAUGUUUUCCUACACAGGACUCAAUGAGAAGCAAGUGCAGCAUCUGAGAGAUCAUUAUCACAUUUAUAUGUUACGCAGUGGACGUAUAAAUAUGUGCGGACUCAACGAAAAUAACUUGGAUUAUGUGGCAAACGCGAUUAAUGAAACGAUACAGUUGUUUCCAGAAGCACAGAACGACUGUACGUGUUAAGAUGGAAUAUUACAAGUACAAAUAAUGAAGCAUCACAUUAAAAACGGCAAUAUUUUAUAUAUAUUAUACAUAUAUACAUAUUUUAUAUGGCAAAAUUCCAUUUCCAGUUAGUCAACAAACGAUUAUCUUUUACUAAUAUUGGAAUUUCUCAUACGAAAUCAUGUGCAUUUUGUCUCGAUCCUACUUUAACGUCAAAUUAUAUUUUACGUAUACUUAUCCUCCCUGUGGUAAAGUCUUUUCUUUAUUUCUCUCUAUCACAAAAUUUUACAAGACAAAGUACAAAACACUACAAAGUAUUACAAUAAUGCCAAAUUUUUUAUGCGUAUUCAUUAUAUCAUAUUGUUACGUAAACAAGAGUUUUAGAUAUAUACGUAGUUUUUAUCUAUUUUUAGAAGUAAACAUUAUCUAGUAACUUAGGAAAAUUUGUUACGUUGUGAAAAUUAUUGAUUGUAUUUAAUUAAUAACUGGAAAAAAGUAAAUACAACUGGUUUGUUUGUUGUUGAAACUUUUACUAGGGAUUUUAUAAUUUAAUCUAUUAUACAAUUUCAUUUAAACUAUGGGAUAAAACAAAUAUACAGAUUGAUGUGCUACACA